AGGGAGUCUCCUUUCCUUGGAGGAGUCAGGGAACACUCUGCUCCACCAGCUUCUUGUGGAAGGCUGGAUAUUAUCCAGGCCUGCCCGCAGUCAUCCGGAGGCCUAAACCCCUCCCUGUGGUGCUGUGCUUCAAUGCUCACGCUCCUUGUCCACUUUCAUGCUCCUCCCGUACUCCUGGUUCCUCUUUGAAGUUCGUCGUAGAGAGCGGUAGAAGAAAUAGUGAAAGUCUUUGAUCUUUCUUAUCAGUGCAUAGAAGAAAACACUGAGGGCCAAGAAGUUCUAUUCUCUGGCACCCCCUUCCCUCCUUCAGAGUGGAGUGAGGCGAGCGAGGCCAGAGCUGAGAAGCCGAAUGACUGGGACCCAGAGGAUGCUGAUGCCAGGGACUCAGGCCAGGAUUGAGCAAGAGAACAGACUGGGCUUCUCUAGGAUCAAAGUUGAGGAGAUGGGAUGCCCCAGAUGAUAGGGCUCCUGGGAUUUCAGACCCAAGACCAGCAGGACUCCAGUCACCUCUACCCCAGCUCUCCAGGACACAGCGCUUCCAACUCUGAAUGACGUCCCACCUCUGGUCCUUGCCGCACAACCAACGUGGGAAUCACACCCUCCAGACCUCCCACAGCUCCGCCCCAGCCUGGGCACCGGCCCUGCCUCCAUUUCAGCUGUGACAACCUCAGAGCCGUGUUGGCCCAAGCAUGACAAGGACGUAUGAAAACUUUCAGUGCUUGGAGAAUGAGGAGAAAGUCCAGGGGUUUAAAAAUGGACCGCCUCCUCUCCAGUCCCUCCUGCAGCAUCUCCGCUCUGGGCCCUGCCUUCUCCUGCUGUCCCUGGGCCUCGGCCUCCUGCUGCUGGUCAUCAUCUGUGUGGUUGGAUUCCAAAAUUCCAAAUUUCAGAGGGACCUGGUGACCCUGAGAACAGAUUUUAGCAACUUCACCUCAAACACUGUGGCUGAGAUCCAGGCACUGACUUCCCAGGGCAGCAGCUUGGAAGAAACGAUAGCGUCUCUGAAAGCUGAGGUGGAGGGUCUCAAGCAGGAACGGCAGGCAGUUCAUUCUGAAAUGCUCCUGCGAGUCCAGCAGCUGGUGCAAGACCUGAAUAAACUGACCUGCCAGGUGGCCACUCUCAACAACAAUGCCUCCACUGAAGGGACCUGCUGCCCCGUCAGCUGGGUGGAGCACCAAGACAGCUGCUACUGGUUCUCUCGCUCUGGGAUGUCCUGGGCUGAGGCUGAGAAGUACUGCCAGCUGAAGAACGCCCACCUGGUGGUCAUCAACUCCAGGGAGGAGCAGAAUUUUGUCCAGGAACAUCUAGGCUCCACAUACACCUGGAUGGGCCUCAGUGACCCUGAAGGAGCCUGGAAGUGGGUGGAUGGAACAGACUAUGCGACCGGCUUCCAGAAUUGGAAGCCAGGCCAGCCAGACGACUGGCAGGGGCACGGGCUGGGUGGAGGCGAGGACUGUGCUCACUUCCACCCAGAUGGCAUGUGGAAUGACGACGUCUGUCAGAAGCCCUACCAUUGGGUCUGUGAGGCUGGCCUGGGUCAGACCAGCCAGAAGAGUCACUGAGCUGCCUUUGGUGGGACCACCCGGCCACAGAAAUGGCGGUGGGGAGGAGGACUCUUCCCACGACCUCCUCGCAAGACCGCUCUGGGAGAGAAAUAAGCACUGGGAGAUUGGAAGCACUGAUAACAUUUUGAACUUUUUUCUCCUUAAUUUUAAAAAGAUGGUAUAGUGUUCUUAAGCUUUUAUUUUUUUUCCAACUUUUGAAAGUCAACUUCAUGAAGGUAUAAUUUUUACGUGAUAAAAAUGCACUCAUUUAAAGAGUA